GUAUAGACGCCGCCUGCCCGAAUGUAGGGGGUACGCCGUAGUUUGUAAUAGAGCGCACCCAAUUCCAAUUGGUGCCCGUCUGUGUGACGUUUACGGACGUAAAAAGAGUAAAGUAUCAAACAAGCCGAACAAGGAAGUUAGCGCAGAUGAGGGUUUCCAUCACUGAGCUACAGAGACUCACAAUCUUCACCACUGUGCUGACUGGUGGAGGGAUCAGCACCAUGUACAUUCUGCAGCAGAAAAAAUUCACUGGGUCAGACUAUCACAGACUGGCUCUAGAAAAGUUGAGAGCAUGUCCAUUUGCCAUGGAAAACCUGGGUUCCCCCCCUUUGAAAGUCCACAACAUGCAUCUGACUGACAGAAACAAUCGCAUAGAUCAGCACAGAGCACAGAUAAAGAUCCCUGUGACGGGGUCAAAAACUGGAGGUUAUCUGUACACCUCUUCAAUUAGAGACCCUAAUACCAACAGGUGGAGUCUGAAGCAGGCAGUUCUGCAGCUCCGGGAGGGACAGACCAUUGACCUGAUGAAUCCUUCCCCACCAGCUGCAGGACAUCCCCAGGCAACAGAGCAGACAAAUGGGCUAGACAUAGUUCACUAACAUUGAUGAACUUCAUGUGCUAAUGAGAACACUACAAGCAGAAGUUGUGUUCCUCUAACUGGUGCUGAGUAGAAGUCUAAUUAACCCAAAUAAUACUGAGAUAUAUUUAUGAAAUGAAAAAUCCUCAACUCCAGCAUCAUUUUGAAGAGACAGUUGGUACUCAUGAUGCAAAACUCUGUGAGUGUCCCUGGGCAUCCAACAGAGAGCUAUGGACUGUUCUGUUGUGUCUCUGAGUUUGGUUUUGAUUAGAUAAUCUGAUGAUGGGCUGUUGCAUCUGCUCUGUUUGUUCUCUUGCGCUGUUAAGUCUUUGCUAGACUUUUUCUUUUUGUAAAAAUGUCCACUUGAAGAAUGAUGUGCCAGACCUGCAAGAUCUGUUGAAUAAAUAAUUCAAUAAAUCAGUGUUCAAAUAA